UUUGGCCAUACGGAUCAUAACAUCUCCAUAGUCCAAGUCCAUAUGUUUCAUGAUUGCUUGUGUCAGUCCUGUGUGUUCUUUCUGCUUCUUGUUCAUAUAAGUUUUGUUUAUAAAUAUAAACUGUUUCCAUAUUCAUUCUAGUGUUUACUUUUCUAGUUGCAUAUACAGUACAGCCUGCAAUGGUCUUUUAACCUAUUUUAUAAGUUAGUACAAGAAACGAACUCAGUAUGUCAGCGGAGACAGAUAUACAUGUUACUAAAGACAAAGUGUUUGAUCCAACUUUUGGAUUAAAUUCUCAUAUGCUGGGUGUUAUUGUAGCCGUUAUUGCUGUCGUCAUAACAAUAUUAUUGUUCGUACUAUGGCAACGCAGACAGAAUGCCCGUAGAGGAGUGCUGAUCUUGGGACUGUGUGAUGCUGGAAAGACGCUGGUGUUCUCUCGGCUGCUGUACAAUCGCCACAUUCUUACCCACACUUCCAUAAGAGAGAAUUGCGGGGAGCUUAUCGUCAACAGUGGCUACCUGCGUGUGAUCGACAUUCCUGGACACGAACGAGUUCGCUUCAAGUUCUUUGAUCAGUACAAGGCCAUCGCUAGGGGUAUCAUCUUCGUCAUUGAUGCCACCACCAUCCAGAAGGAGAUCAGGGAUGCAGCUGAAUUACUGUACACCAUCCUGACAGACGCUGCCAUAGUGUCUGCUGCCCCCCGAGUGUUGGUCCUAUGUAACAAGCAGGAUCAGACCCUAGCCAAGGGCUCUCAGGUGGUCAAGUCUCUUCUGGAAAAGGAACUGAAUCUGCUACGCAGUACCAAGGCUAGCCAACUGUCCAGUAUUGAAGGCUCGACCGCCCAAGUGACUCUAGGCACCCCGGACAAGGAGUUCCAGUUUGCUCAACUUGCUCCCAUCUCUGUGGAGUUUGCCGAAGGAUGCGCGUUCAACUCCACUCCUGAGACCCAGGCCGAGCUCAAGUCUGUUCACAAGUGGGUGGCAUCCAUUGCUUAAACAUUGUUCUAUCAGGUAUCAACCAGAUUGUGUUUUUACAUUUUUUUUGUUUUUUCGAUUAAAUAACUUUUGUAAAAAACAGUUGUACUCU